AUGUUUCCCGUAUUGCAACGAGUCAAUCAGCUCACGCAGCACAUACCGCCUUUCAGCCUACUCUCAAGGCCGUCAAGCUCGAGCAUCGUCAGAAACGUUUUCCCCGCACCACUCGCCGUUCGCAAUAUGGCUACCGAUAACUCCAACAAAAUUACCAAUUGGGUGAACCCCGGCGAUAAAUCUGGCGAAUUCAAGCGCCAGGCUUCGGUCUUCCGGAACUGGAUCUCCAGGGAAGCUGGAGCUGAGUUUCCGCCCGAGAAGGAUCGAUACCACCUCUAUGUCUCUUAUGCCUGCCCUUGGGCACACCGAACCCUGAUCGCCCGCAAGCUAAAGGGCCUCGACGACAUCAUCUCAUACACAUCGGUGCACUGGCACUUGGGCGAAAAAGGCUGGCGCUUUGCUACCCCCGACGAAGACAUCCCCGGCGCAAGCACAAUCCCAGACCCAAUCCACUCCGAAUACACCCACCUCCGCGACAUCUAUUUCGCCAACGAGCCCGACUACACCGGCCGCUUCACGGUCCCGGUCCUCUACGACAAGAAAACAAAGCGCAUCGUCAGCAACGAGUCCUCCGAAAUCAUCCGCAUGUUCUACUACGAAUUCGACGACCUCCUGCCCGCCCAAUACCAGAAAGUCGACCUCUUCCCUCCCCCUCUCCGCGAGCAGAUCGACGCCACAAACGCAUGGGUCUACGACGACGUGAACAACGGCGUGUACAAGUCUGGCUUUGCGACGACCCAGGAGGCGUACGAGAAGAACGUCACGACGCUGUUUUCCUCCCUCGACAGGAUCGAGAAGCACCUUGCGGAAUCGAAAUCGCCGUAUUUCUUUGGCGAUGACAUCACCGAGGCGGAUAUCCGGCUCUACACCACAAUCGUCCGCUUUGACCCUGUCUACGUGCAGCACUUCAAGUGCAACAUCCGGGAUAUCCGCUCUGGAUACCCGGCUAUCCAUGCUUGGUUGAGAAAGCUGUACUGGGAUGUUCCGGCGUUCAAGGAGACGACGCAGUUUGAGCAUAUCAAGAAGCACUACACGAAGAGUCAUUCGCAGAUUAACCCCUUUGGCAUUACGCCUGUGGGCCCGACGCCAGAUAUCCUCCCUAAGAAUGAGGAGGUGAAUGCUGUGAAUAAGCUAUGA